UCUCCUUCCUCUUAAAGAAUUCAACCCCACUUUUCAUUUUUUUCAUUCUUUCCUUUCUAACUUCCCCUAUCCUCCUCAUCUCUCUUCACCUAUCAAUUUCAUUUUCUAUCACCAAGCAAACUCAGCCAGCAACACCUUUUUUCUCCACACUUGCUCUUCUCUCACACUACCCUUCCUCACUCGUUCCGCAAAAAUUUGCUGGAUCCCAUGAGUAACCACUCCUAUUUCACCGGUGCUGGCUCAACGAUGCAUCAACAACAGCAACAGCAGUUGUCGCUUAUGCAACAACAGCAGCUUAGACUGAGCCAGCUCCAUCAGCAACAACAGCAACACUCACAAAAUUUGGUUGCAGUUGGUGUUGCUGCAACCGCAAUAUCAAUUCCACGCACUGUUCUUGCAUCACAGCACCUUCCCCUUCAACAGCAACAUCAUCAACAACAGCCUUAUAUCACCUCUCAACUUGGCAGUAUAGGCAUGUCUGAUGCAGCACAAUCAUUGGCAUCACCGCCGUACGACAGUAAUAAAAACAUUGGUAAUAGCAAUAUUUCAUACUUCAAUAAUAAUGCCAAGCCUACAGCAACAACAACAACAGCAGCAGCAGCAGCAGCAGCAACAGCAACAACAUUAAUGGCCACUUCAACAUCAACAGCAGCAAACUGGGAUACCACGGGGCUUCUUACCAGCCAGCAACAUACUACUGUCAUCAGUCCAAACAAUAACGUUAGCGCCCAUACCACAAACAUUAUCACAAAGACUGAAGAAAGCCCUAUGGCCCUAUCCAUAGGUCCUGAUGGAUCUUUGGUGACGACAGUGCCUCGGUGGAACUCUACUUUUGACUUAGACACAACAAGUCCGUUGCCCGUUAUCAGUACAAACAGACAACAGCAACAGCAACAGCAACAGCAACAACAGCAACAACAAGCUGCUAAAUCCUCGGUAAAUAAUAAUGCUAUGCUAAGAGCAAUCCCUGGAUUUACGCAACAACAGCAACAUCAAGGACAUGGUCACUCAUCAAUGAUAGUCCGACCACCGCAGCGUCAAAUUCUGGCUCAGCAGUUGAAUCACCAGGGUCCAUUAAUGCAGGAGAGCAGUAACCAACUUCUAAAAUCUACGCAGCAGCAGACUUUCCCGCAACAGCAACAGCAGCAGCAGCAACAAGAUCUUUUUGCAAAUGAUUACCUUUUUGAUGCGCCAUCACCUGUACCCACAAUGUCUCCUUUGGACCUAAGCAUUGCUGUUGUUCCUGCUCAGCAGCAUCAACAUCAACAUCCACAGCCACAACAGUUCAAUAGCUCCCCUUCUCCUCUUCACAUCCCAGAAUAUGUUCAACAACAGAGCUGUUCACCGGAUAUGCCAAUCAAAACUUCGCCUGUGGAAAAUCCACUUAUCUGGGCCCCAUGGAGUGAGCCUACAGCGCAUACUGAGGAACAAGCCGUAUAUUCGACACCGGCUCUUACCCAUACAAGCUUCGACGAGAACUCUCGGGAUGAGGUAGAAUUCACAGGCAUAAAGCAUCUCAAGGUAUUCACGUCAUCCAAGAAAGAUGACGAUGGCGAGUUCCGUAAAGGUCAACAGUUCUAUUUGAACAUUCAUUUAACAGAGGAAGAUCAAGAACGGUACCGAUACCUUCGUAUUCCUAAUGAAAACAUUGUCUUACCCUGUCGAGCGGAUCCGAAUGGCCGAAUCACACUGAAUGGCUCGAAUAAACGAUCGGCUGAGGUGAUGUCAAUGCCCACGAGCGCACAGGAAGAAGACGUUCUCUCCAUGAAAUUGACAACAUAUUUGGAACCUGAACAUCGACCCGUUCUACCCUGUGGACGGUGUAAAGACAAGACCCCAGAGAUCUUGAGAUUUCAUCCGGGUGUGAACGGUAAACCGAUGAUUGAUGAGAAUGGGAUGGUUCAGCUUCGAAACGGACAGAUCAAGUUGAUUGCUUCAGCUUGGUGUGCCAGUACGUCCCAUCAUCGUGGACCUGGAACAAAGUUCAGUUUUGAAAUCGAGUUAACCAGUAUGAUGGGUGGAAACCCUAAUCAUGUUGGACCCUUGGUAAUCUAUCAUGGCCGGAGUGAUGAAGUUGAGAUCUAUGCUUCCCAUGGACGAGACAAAGGAUCUAGAUCUAUGUCCAAACAUGCAGAAAAGACUUCGAAAUCGCAAUCUCCAUCGUUACACGAAAGUGGCAGUGCGGCUGGAGGAGGACCACCUUCACCUGCAAAGACCUCUAGUCCACCUGGAUCACCUCAAAAUCAUUAUAGUAACAACACUAAUGGCUAUGACACAGGUCCGGUCAAGAAACGACGUGAUGAACAUCAUCCUCCUCCAAUGACUCCUCCACCAUUAGAUGGAGAUGUAACGCCCUCAGUUCGACAACCACCAAUGAUCAAAUCAUUGGCGCCUCAAAAGGGCCCAAUUUGUCAAGAGAACCAUGUGAUCAUCAUCGGACAGAAUUUUGUCCGGGGCAUGACUCCAAUGUUUGGACGAGAUCAUGCAAAAGUCAUUGAUAUCAAUCCAUUCUACAUCGAGUGCACAACUCCACGAUAUCCUCGACCAGAGACUGUUCGACUUUGGAUUCAUCAUAAUGGACAAUUCUUACCAUCAGAAAAGACGUACGAAUUCACGAAUGAACAAGCACAGCUAGAAUUGGAACAGAUGUUAAGAACUAUGAUCCAGCAGCAAGAGAAUGGUACAACCAUGGGUGGUGGACUUGGAGACGGAUUUGGUGGUAAUGCAGCCGGAUCUAACAGCACUAACAAUAACAGCAACAGCAAUAGCAAUGGUAGUCACAGUAAUCCUACUUAUUUUACCUUAUUGGCUCGAGUCCCAGAGUUCCCAUCAUCUGUAGAUAUCUCUGGCCAGAGUCAGUUGAACGGAUCAACCAUGCUGCAUAAUUCAGUCCUUUUGGGAUAUCGAGCAGGGGUCGACAUCUUGGUUGAGGAAGGUAUCGAGCUGGACAUUGAAGAUGAUUCGGGGCUCACAGCUCUGGAUUAUGCGAUUCAUACAAACAAUGUGGAGAUUACCAGUGCUUUGCUUUACGCUGGCUCCAUUGUCUCAUAUGAACGUUUGGAUCGCUUGCCUCUUCGCCCUACAGCUGCAAUGACUGCACUUCUUAAAGAGAUUUGUGGUGUAGAUUUGUCCACAGUAGCAUCCUCUACUGCUCAAGAUGUUACAGUUCCCCAAGUAGAAACUGAGGUGGAAGGUUUGUCUGCAGUCGAAGGUUCUCAGCAAGGUGAUGAUGGGGUACCAGAGGACAUGGGAGCGACUGAUUCUAUUGAGGAUGUUCAUGUAGAGACGUUCACGAUUCCAACAAGCGCAGCGGCUACGACAACGGUUUCAGGUAUUAACACUAAUGCUACUGCUACUGCCAGUACCACUACCAUUACAACAACGACAACUUUGACUCCACCUGAGACGGCUACACAUCGAGUUAUUUCAGAGGCGAUCGCUGAAGAAGUCGAGCCUGUUGAAGAAAAUGAUGAUGCAAUUGCGCCCACGUCCUCAUUCUCAGAUUCGUCUCCACCGCCAGCAGAUCCUACAGUAUCACCAUCAUUUGAUUCGUCUGCACCAGUAUUAUCAUCAUCAAAAUCCAACUUGUUUGCUAUUUCGACAAUCAAGUCGUCUUCCUUCCGGUCUAUCCUCCCAGACCGGCGUAAUCGACCUAGCUCACUUGCCUCAGUUUCGACUCGAUCUACAGGAAUGAUCUCUCAUGCAGGAACCAUGUCCACUAUGGCACCUUCAGCUACAUCUUCAAUGCAAUCUCGUUCCACAAUGCUAAGUGGCAUGAGUGGUAGCAGUAGUAUGGGCACUGGUGGCCGUCUCAUGAACAGUACCAAGGCUGGUGGAUUGGAGAAUGUAUGGCAGUGUGCCAAGAAGGGCAAUUUGAGUUUAGUUAAAUAUCAUCUGGAUAAGGAGCCUGGAUUAAUCAACACUCCUUGGAAAUUCGAUGGUCGGUCUAUCCUCAGUAGUGCCUGUGCAUCUAGUCAACCCUAUGAGCUGAUCGAAUAUUUGGUCAAUCAACGAGGUGCUCAAGUUCAUUGUGCAGAUUCGUUCUACAAACGAACCCCACUUCAUGUCCUUUGUGAAGAAGGUGGUUUACUCAACACACAAGAUGAUACAUGGCGAUUGCUGAUGAUGAAUGUAAUCUCUGCGCAAGAAUUGGAGGCCAAUGAACGGGAUGUUUUGCAAGCAAUGCGUUUCCUUUUGGAUAGGGGUGCUCAAGUGGAUGCCAAGAAUCAUUGGAAAGAGACGAGUCUGAUGCGAUUAAUGGCUGGGCGUGACUGUUUAUUGAUGGUUCAAGAAUUAUAUUCCAGAGGUGCAGAUACUCGGGUCAAGAGUUCUAAAGAUGUCUAUCCUCAUGGCACAGCAUUGGCAUAUGCAGCUUUCUUUGGAAGAAUCAAGUCCCUUCAGUGGAUGCUUGAGAAUGAUUUGUUCAUUAAUGAUGAACAAAAUAUCAAGGAUGCUAUCCGUUGGGCAUCAAAGGCUUUGAAGAAUGAUUCUCCUUCUUCCUCUUCUUCGUCAUCAUCAUUGUCAGCUCAACAUCAGCAGGAACUUCAACAUGCAACUGCAGCUCAGACUGCAAGCGUUGCCAAGAGAAAAGAGGAGCGUAAGCAGAUGGUCCUUCGAUUGCUUGAAAGUUGGACAGGUGAGGCAGGUCAGACUAAACGAAAAGCUUUAGCCAAGGCUAUUGUGGCCGAACAAGCUGAUGGUUGGUACAGAAGGAUUAGUGGCAUUAUUGGAGAUGACAAGCCUGGCAGCGGCGAUCACCACCGCGACAACAAUGACGAUGGUGACGAUGAUGUUAUCCGUAUGCCUUACGAGAUGAAGCCUCUUUGGAAAGAAGUCUCUAACAUUGCAGAGACCUUAGCCUCUAGCCCCGAUCAUGUCUCUAGCCCAAGUAGCCGCAAAUGGAAUAUGCGAACUAUCCUCCGUAAGAACACUUAAAGAGCCUAUAGUCUGAUGCGCUCUAAUCCUUCUUCGCUCCCCACUCUUUUCUUUUCCUUUUUUUUUUGUAAUAUUGUUGUAUUCAAUGUCUAUUUAUCCAUUCUAUUUUUUAUCUGGUUCGAAAUUUUUACUUUUUAUUUGGC